UAACUCGACAGAGAUGCGAAAAGGGUUAUUGACGUGAUACUUGUUAUUGUCAUGUUGCCAACUCCCAUGGUAAUUGAUACUGUAUUUUGCGUAUUACUAGCGCACGUCACUUCAGGUUUGAAUGAAAAGCCAUCUGCUUUCCCCAUGUAGCCACAAGCCUUGGUAGCUCGCCGUGAUCAUGUAGUGGUUAGUAUUUCGCGUUGUGACCGCACGUACAUCGGUUCGAAUCCGGGUCACUGCAUUACAAUGUCAAGCCAUGAGGGCUAUUUUGUUUGAAUGAAUAAGCAUGGCGACCCCCAGUAAGACCCCACCGGGUUCUGACCCCAAGCAGCUGGAGAGGACCGGGACGGUCCGGGAGAUCGGCUCUCAGGCGGUGUGGUCUCUGUCUUCCUGUAAACCAGGUUUUGGUGUGGACCAGCUGAGAGAUGAUAACUUGGAGACAUACUGGCAGUCUGAUGGAUCCCAGCCACACCUAGUCAACAUCCAGUUUAGGAGAAAGACUACAGUGAAGAUGUUGUGUAUGUAUGCAGACUACAAGUCAGACGAGAGCUACACCCCCAGUAAGAUCUCUGUCAGAGUAGGAAACAACUUCCACAACCUGCAGGAGAUCAGACAGUUGGAGAUGGUAGAGCCUAGUGGUUGGAUCCACAUCCCCCUUCUGGACACAGUCAACAACCCCAUCAGGACGUUCAUGAUCCAGAUAGCUGUGUUAGCCAACCACCAGAACGGCAGAGACACGCACAUGAGACAGAUCAAGGUGUAUACCCCCGUCGAGGAGAGCUCCAUCGGCAAGUUCCCAAGAUGCACCACGGUCGACUUCAUGAUGUACCGCACCAUCAGAUGACACUGAGGGGUUCCGGGGUUCUGGGUGGAACUUCUCAGGGUUCCGACUAGAACUUUCCAGAGUUCCGGGUGGGAACCCUUAAGUGUACAGUGUUGACAAAUAAGGGAAUUGGAAUGUUGAGUUUUUAAAUUGAAAUAUUAUUCUAAUUUUCAAGUUAACCUGAAAUCCUUUUCAUUUAGUUUACAUGGCACCCUAUUCUCUAUAUAUAGUGCGCUACUUUAGACCAGGACCCCUACGGGUGUUCCUAUGGACCCGUGUCAAAAGUAGUGCACUAUAUAGGGAAUAGGGUGCCAGCCCUGGUCUAAAGUAGUGCACUAUAUAGKGAAUAGGGUGCCGUUUGGGCAGYAAUCUGUGUUACUGAUGUUGUUAAUUCCAUAUUAGUCUGACGGUCUCUCUUUCGGUUGGUGUCUGAUGUAAAGAUGAUUUGAAGACUUCAAUGAGACCAUGUUAAGGGCCGUGGUUUGAGGCCCCCCCCCCAAAAAAACACAGGUUUACUACCCGUGUGACUAGACCUGCUGUCUGUACUGACUGGGAAUGAAUGUCAAAUGUAUGUAUCUCUCUCUGUCUGUUGUUGAAUUAAAUGUGUUUUGAGUUUGA